GUUUCAGGAUGUCCGACGAUGAAUUCGAGGAAUUUGAGGAGAAGGAUGUGAAACCUGUGAAAAAGAAGAGAUUGACGAAAAAAGAUAAAUAUGGAGCGCUCGUCCUAGUAAUUGACUGCGGCAGUUCGAUGCAGGAAACUAGUGAUGGAAGAAGCUAUUUUUCUAUGGCAAAGGAAGCUGCAGACUGGAUUCUUUCGCGGAAGAUAUUUACCCACGCUAGGGAGCAUAUCACGAUUAUCCUUUUCGGCUGUAAAGAGACGAAAAAUCCGCUUGACAUGAAGGGUGUAUUUCUGCAAAAUGAAGUACUGUCACCUUUGAGCUUUGAUCAUCUUCGUUUCCUUGAACAUGAAGUGGUUAGCAAUCCUAAAGCAGCCGGCAAUGCUGUCGAUGCUCUAAUCGUUGCUACGGAUUUCCUGCAUCAGCAGACUGAUGGUGAUCCUGCUGUGGAGUCGAAGAACAUUCUCAUUUUUACCAAUGGCAUUGCCAGUCUUGACGGUCGCAAAUCUGAGGUUUCUGCUCUGGUGAACGGGAUCACUGCUAUGGGAGCCACACUAAUAUCUGUUGGCAUUGACGAGGAGUCCGUUAAAGCAAGGUCAAGUGGCGCCCAGAUACUGGAUCUUGUCAAGAAGACGGAAGGCUCAAAUUAUAGUUUCAGGGAUGCUGCUACUGCUCUUCACCACUUCACCACACCUCAUGUCGAUAGCCGUGCAAUCAGAAAAAACUGGGAGAUUGCACCGGGUAUUCGACUGCCCCUGGCGAUGUACACGAAAUCUGUUCCGGCGAAAAAUCCGCUCAGAAGUGUUCUUGUGGAUGAGCACGGAGCCGAGAUGCAUCGACAGUCUCGAUUCAUGGCUAAUAUAAAAACUGCCGAUAGCAGCGGAGAUUUUGCGACAGAAGUUAAGGAGCUUACCGCAAAAGAGCAGAGGUUGCAAGUUCACUACUUUGGUGAUACUAAAGUACCAAUAGGAGAAGACGAUGAGGAACGAUAUCAUAACCACAACUUUAACGAGGGCGAACCACGAGGAUGUAUGAAACUCAUCCAAUUCACGAAGAAGGAAAAUCUCAAGGAUUGCUAUUUCAUAGGCCGCAACUCAUUUGUUGUUGUUCCUGGCUGGGAGAAGAAAACAUCGGAACGAGAUUUGGAGGCUAUGCGAACGACAUUAUCGUUGAUAUCUGCUAUGCUGGAAAAUAAUGUAGUCGCUAUCUGUCGAUAUGCCCCUGAUGCUGCUAAACAUCUGCAACUCAUUGCCCUUAUACCGCACAAGGACGAAGAACUUGAUCUCCCUUAUCUACAAGCUUUGCGCCUUCCCUUCGCAGAGGAUAUGCGUCCCUUCAACUUCAUUAACCUGGAUGCAACGUGUCCUAAACCAACGCAUAAUCAGCUGAAUCUGGUUGAUGAAUUGAUCGAUGCUAUGCCAUUUGGCACCGAGAAAGGAUCGCUUGAGCCGGAAAAUAUUCCGAACCCUUUCUUUCAACGUCAGUGUACUGCCAUGAAAUUGAAGGCUCUCAACGCUUACAACAGUGGUGACGAUAAGAAAAUCAGUGAACUUAUUGCACCCUCCUCCUUUUUGAAGAGAGGGUUGGAACCUGAUCCAAAAAUACUGGAAAAGGCGCAACAUGUAUUAGACGCGAUGCAAAAUGACGAAAAUGGUUUCAACUUACAAGAAGUUGUGAAGAUGAAACGACCGAAACAAGAAAUUCGACAAGAGGAUAUUUCUGAAUGGUUGGCUGAAUUGGAAGCAACACAGAAAGAUGAGGUUGAAGUGAAAACAAAGAAAGACGUGAAGAAACCGGCACAUGGUAAAUAUAUCGAUCGCGCCCGUAGCCAAUUAGAGGAUAACUUCGAAUAUCAUAUGGAGUCACUUCUUGAAGAAGUGUCGGUGAUGACGGCAGCAGAGGAUGAAGAGGCGGAACAGCUAUACCCGAUUGCUCAUGCACGUCUGAUCUCUCUUCGUACUCUAGCUGUGGAAUUCGAUCGACCAACCGAGUUUAACGAGUGGCUGAUGAACUCGAAAACGCAAUUCCCGGAAUGGGCACAAUAUUGCGCUACGAAGUCGUCACUUUUCUUGAUCUCGAAUACCGAAUGCUCUGCGUCUGAAUAUUCUGAAGAUGAAGCGCGUGCCAUCUGGAAUGAAUCUGAAUGA